AUGGACGAACUAGAGAAAAAUAUUCCAGUUAUCUGCGUCGGACCAACAGGAUCAGGAAAAACGACUUUAUUAAAAAAACUACAAGAUGCCGAAGGUAUAGAUUAUACGUACAGUCCAGUCCCAACUAUUGGGACCAACAUUUAUGACAUUAAUUAUGUGAACAAGCAAGGUAAAAAGCAAGUGCUUUCGAUUAGGGAGGUUGGUGGCGAAAUGGUGACACUGUGGAGUAAUUAUUUGGACGGAAUUGAAAAAGUGAUUUUUGUCGUGGAUACGUCGAAUUUGUGUCAAGUUUCGGCGGCUGCGGUGAUGCUGUAUACACUUUUAGCAGAACCAAGGCUCCGGCGUUCUAAGUUCAUAUUGGUCUUGAGCAAAAUGGAUGCUGCGUACCGACAAAUGCGCAACGAAGCACUGCUAAUGCUGCAGCACACGCGUCUCUGUAGUGAACUCCACAACGCGCCUACACUGCUGGAGGCCGCGCCACUCGCUGGGACCGGGUUGGAUGGUCUACGUUCAUUUCUUAUUCACUAG